GGCUGACCCUUUUUCGCCGUCCCCCGAUUACCAAGACCCAAAAAUUCGGGCCCGGGUCAAUCCAAACUUGAUGCUGCCUGCCGCUUGAAGACGGCCACAACCCCUUCCCACGACCUACCUUCAAUUCCUUUCGCCUAUCUACACACAUUCACUAUGGCGUCAGAAGCCGGGGAGACCGGCAAAGCCGGCAUCAUCGUCGCACCGGACGAUGCGCCUCCUCUCGACAAGCUUUCGCAUGCCGUCCUCGAUGACCUAUUAUACAACAUCGUGCAUGACCUCUUGGUCAAGGUGCACCGAGACGAGAAGAUUGCCCGUGCCAACACGGCGGCCAUCAAGGUCGAGAAGCUGGCCAAGAACACCUCGGACGGGGCAACAACAGAACUCAAGCCUGACAUCGAGAUUGAGACCGAUGCGGCGAUAUACAAGGACGGCAGGGUGGCGCUGAAGGGCAAUCCGCUCAAGUCGACCAAGGAGAUCCUAUGCUCAAAGUGCCACCUCCCACGCCUGCACCACCCGACGGACGGCAAAGGCGCAAAGAAGCCGGACCCGGGCGUCAUCUACUGCAAGAAACACCCGUACAUCGACAAGCCCGGCUACGACAUUUACGGUCAGACGUGGGUUGCCCCCGGCCCGGGGCGGGGCAAGAAGAAGAAGGACCAGAAGCUGGACCCCGGCGACCCGAGCUCCCCGGCGCCGGCUGAGGGGGGCGCGAAAGACCGGGCGUCGAAUGUCCUCAACUUCCCCAGCGCGACAUGCCCCAAGUGCAAGCGGUGUAUUCUGGUGACGCGUUUGAACAACCACAUGGGCUCGUGCAUUGGGAACAGCGGGCGCACCGCCAGUAGAGCGGCGGCGCAAAAAAUCAGCAACGGUAGCAACGGCGGCAGUCAGAACAAUGACAACACGCCGCCCGGUAGCCAAAAAGGCACACCGCGACCCGGGAGCCGCGGCGCCAGUCCUAGAAAGCGGGACGGCGACGAAUUUGACGAGGACGCAGAGGAAUCGGAUCAGCCCAACCCGAAGAAGAAGAAGGCGAAGCUGAACUCACUAAAUAAGAAGGUGAUUCUCAAGGCCAAGGCUUCCGGCGCCGCCGGCAGUUCCAAGAAGGACAAAGCUAAGGGCAACUCGCACCUCAAUGUGGAGCAGAAGGCGGGGAGUGACGCGAAGGACUCGACAGUGCAGGUGGCACCGAAAAAGCAGACGCCCAAACUAAAGGGUGUCUCGCCGGCCAAGAAGCUCAAGCUGGGCCCGGCGAAGCCACCGUUGCCUUCACCCGGCAGCAAAAAGGGCAAACGGGAACACGACAUGGAGAGCGAGUCAUCGGAGACCAUGUCGUCCCCGCCGCCCCGUUAAUCCUGACAGCCACAAGGUGCCUUGCCGCGCGCGGCCGGCAUCACAUCGUUUCGCAUUUCGCACUUGCAUCUUCUUCUACACAUUGCAUUGGUCACGGUUCGAUUGGCCACGGUUCGGAUAACUCUUUGCAUUGCCCACGGCGGGCUGGUCCGGGUUUUAUGGC